AUGAAUUAUAGGACACAUAUAAAAAAAUAUUACUACACCUUUGUAACAUUUUCGAUCCAAAAACUUUUGGCAAUAUUGGCGAUAUCUAUAACGUUAUCACAAUCAAUCGUAGAUUCGAAUUUCUUCGAGAUUCAGAGGGGAAUUAACGACUCCAAAUUUAAUCAGCUCAAGACUUAUAACUCUUACGUAUAUGGUUUGACUAACUCGCAAAAAGAACCGGAAAACUUUAACGACUUAAGACGGUCUCUAAGAGAUGGGAAUUUCGAAGAAUUUUUGCACGAUAUAGUAGAUUCAGAUCUAGCUGAAACCAGGGGAACUUCCACAUGCUGUCGGAAUAGGAAUGACACUUGUAGCAAACCUAUCCAUCUCAAUCUUACUCUCUGCUAUUGCGACAGUUUUUGCCAGCACGCUAACGAUUGCUGCCCUGACUAUAAAUCGGUUUGUGUUGAUGGCGACUUAGAAUCAAUUACUCCGCCUUCCCGUAAUGCCCUACUUUCUGGAAAUGUCAUAAAACUUACUCAUUUUACUCCCUCGUCAACAUCAUCCAUCAUUACUAUCAAUCAAGAUAACAUUCGAAGAAAAUGCAUAUACAAAGGGGAGACAUAUGAUAUAGGAACUAUCUUUAAGGACAAUUGCAAUCUCUGUACAUGUCAAGUUAAUAGAAUAUUUAAAUGCGAUACAACUGUGUGCAUGAUACGGCCAGAAAUCAUUAAAAAGAUCAAUAAUUCUAAUAAAGGUUGGAAAGCUUCAAACUAUUCCGCUUUCUGGGGUUACACGCUGGCCGAAGGUAAGAAAUACAAACUAGGAGUUUUGCCUUUAGCUAAUAGUCUUUCAGACAUGAAUUACGUGGCGUUAACUCUCGGAAAAGAUGAAAUACUAAACGAAAACUUCGAUAGUCGGAAAAAAUGGGGCCCUCACAUCAAUCCUAUUCGGAAUCAGUUGAAUUGCGGUUCAUCUUGGGCAAUAUCAGCAGCUGAUGUGGCUGGUGAUAGGUCAGGAAUAAUAGGUAUGCGAAAAGGGUUAACAACCCUUUCCCCUCAGUACUUAAUAUCAUGUAACAAAGGUAGGGGGAGACAGCUGGGUUGCCAUGGUGGUCAUAUUGAUAUAGCUUGGAGAUUUCUUUGGAAAUUUGGCACUGUAAUGGAAGGAUGUUUUCCUUAUACUGGGGCAGAUAUCGAAUGCCCUAUUAAUAAUUCUUCAUCUCUUGUCUCCAAAAACGCCGAUUGCUUGAAGAAUCAGAGCCAAUUUCUAAAAUUCACACCACCUUACAAAGUUCCAAAAAAUGAAAGCAGUAUCAGGAUCGAAAUUUUGUCCAAUGGACCAGUUCAGGCUACGAUGGUUAUCAGACCCGAUUUAUUCGUUUACAAAAGUGGAAUAUACAGAUGUCCAAAGAGGGUGAAGAAAGGAAAAUCGAAGAAAAAUAUUCGACUAGAUGGGUUAGUCAAAGAAUCAGCUUCAGUCAAAAACAAUUCCGUUUAUCAUUCCGUCAGAAUUUUAGGCUGGGGACAAUUGGAUAAACCACCAAAGACGAAAUAUUGGAUUGUCGCCAAUUCCUGGGGUCAAGAAUGGGGUGAAAAUGGAACUUUCCGAAUACUUAGAGGACAAAACGAUUGCGAAAUAGAAAAUUCUAUCAUCGGCAUAUGGCCUCGCCCUAAAAAUUCAAAUAUUUGAUUAUGAAAUUAUAGAGAGGGAAAAAAAAUUAAAAUUGUGAUUUUUUUUUCUUUCCGUGUAAAAAACAAAUUAAAUUCUCAACAUUUAAAUUUAAUUCUAAAAUACUUUUAUUAUUUAACGAGGUGGGGCAUAUAUGGGCGGGGUUUGAGUGAUCCCUCUUAUUAUCAUUAAUUUUGUAU